AGAAUUUAGAUUUCUCCGGAAAUGCAAAUUCAAAGACUUUCACUUCCAAAUCACAUUCUUAUUCCACACUCUUUGUCCCCUCUUAUUUCUUACUCGGCUUUAUCCUCAAUACACCACCCCACCAAACUUGUUUUGAAUCCCAGUUCAAAAGCUGGGUUUUGUAAUUCACUCACAACAGUAUCCAGAUCACUUACUUGUUUGAGAAAAUAUGGUGAUUCAAUUCGUGUCAGCUGUGGAGUGGUUCAAGAUAAUGAGGAUGCCUUUUAUAUGAGGAGAUGCGUUGAGCUGGCGAGAAAGGCAAUCGGGUGUACAAGUCCCAACCCAAUGGUUGGUUGUGUGAUUGUUCAAGAUGGAAAGAUUGUUGGUGAAGGGUUUCAUCCUAAAGCUGGCCAACCUCAUGCUGAGGUAUUUGCUCUGAGAGAUGCUGGGGACUUGGCUGAGAAUGCUACAGCAUAUGUGAGCUUGGAACCGUGUAAUCACUAUGGAAGAACUCCACCAUGUACUGAAGCUAUGAUUAAAGCUAAAGUGAAAAGAGUGGUGGUUGGAAUGGUGGAUCCAAACCCAAUUGUAGAUUCAAAAGGGUUAGAUAGGCUGAGAGACGCUGGAAUUGACGUGACUGUGGGCAUAGAAGAACAAUCAUGCAAGCAGCUUAAUGAGGCGUUUAUUCAUCAAAUGUUAACAGGGAAACCUUUUGUUACAGUAAGGUAUUCUCUCUCAGUUAAUGGCCACCUUCUGGACCAACUUGGAGAAGGAGUUACGGAGUCUGGUGGAUACUACUCGCAGUUGUUGCAAGAAUAUGAUGCAAUUAUACUUUCUGCCUCGUUGACUGAGAAGUUCUCAAUACCUGCAUCUCAUGAACCUGGUGCUAAUCAACCCCUUAAGAUUAUAACAGCUACUAAUCCUAGUUCUCUAAUCCAAUUUCCUCCUCUCACUGAAGAAACUGCUUCUAAAGUAAUAGUAUUUACAGACAGAGAGGCAACUCUGGAACCUGAAACAGCUAAAAAGGGAAUUGAAACUGUGGUUCUGAAUCAGAUAACUUCAAAUGCAAUUCUGGAAUACUGCAAGCGCAGGGGAUUGAACAGUGUUUUACUGGAUUUGAGAGGUAAUUAUGCUGAUCUUGAAAUGCUUCUCAGAGAGGGUAUUGAGCAAAAUCUGAUGCAAAAGGUCAUAGUGGAAGUCUUGCCAGUAUGGCAUGAAGGUGAUGGUGGGAAUACACUUGCCCUACUAAAUGGUUUACAGAACGGAUUAGAAGUGAAGAAAUUACAGCCUAAGAUAUCAAGUCAGAGCAUUGUGCUUGAGGGAUACCUCCGGUAUGGGUGAUUAGAACCCCCGGAAACAGAAUGCAUCAGCUCCCGCUUCAUGUUGGAGUUGGUUUGUCUAUUGAAUGUCAAAACGGCAACCUCUCCGGGAAGUUCCUAAAGAAGCUAGCUGGGAUGCAGUGUUAUCUCAUUUUUAUUUUGGUUUGGUGCAUAGCUUCUUGAUCAACAUUCUAUCCUCCACAACAAUUUUUUGCUCAAUUUACGAUCUUCCGCAUCUGCUUUUUGUUGGCUUA